AUGCAGCAAGCUCGGCUGCCCAUCGUACGCCUUCGUCCUUGUCGACUCAUCGCUCGUCGUCGUUUUCCCGAACCCACUCCUGCGCGACGGUUCCACCUGUCGCGGCAAUGGCUAUCGUCACCUUCCCCCGAUGGCUCAACACCGUCUACUAAUACGGAUGCGAGAGACGUUCUAGAUAAUCACCAUUCCGACAUCGAUAACCCUGCGAAUGACACCUCCGCUACUUCUGUCUCCGAGAAGACGAAACCUCCUGCGCGGCAAUAUGGAUCUGCCGUUCGCAGAGCUAUGAGAAACAGACAAACGGAGCAGCAGCAACAGCAAAAGUUCUCGCUAGCCGCCAGCAUUCCUUCCUGGCUCCAGGCGAAUAUAACCAAUGCUUCCCCGGCUCAGUCCGACCUCCUACAAUCUCAGUACCAACUCGAGAUCACGAAAUCCAAGUCAAAACCUGGACCCAGUCCCGAUACCAGUGAUGCGGCGGGGGAUCAGGCUUCUGGAGGCAAUGGAGGAGACCCUUCGACCGGAGUGACUCCAUCAGAAACGAGCUCAGAUAAUCGUUAUUCCCUCGCGGAACCUUUGUGGGAAGAACUGCGCGCGUCAGUCAAAGCAGGCUUACGAUUGCCGCCUACGCAAUAUGCAAAAGAACCAUCGGCCAAGAAAUCACACCUCGUUCUUCAAUAUCCCGGCAACGAUGGCAUUAUGUUCCUAGAUUCUGUCGUGAAACGAUUAUCACAUGAAUUGAAUACCGACUUGAUCACGCUAAAUGCGCAAGAUAUUGCACAGCUAUUCAGUGAGCAUGACCUUGCCGAGUCGGGUGCGACGUCAGCCAUUCGCUCCCUCGGAUACGAAGUCUACCGCCCUGCUAUAAUGGCCGCCUUCGCUGAGCCUGCAGAUGGUGGAGAAGCCGACGAAGAUAUUCCCGAGAUCGCUGGUGCGCAUCCUGGGACUCACGCCGAGGUCAGCACUCCCCGUUUCAUCACCAUCGAGGCCAGUAGGGAGUCUGGCGAUGUUCCGCUUCCCAAUUGGCUUGGUUUGAAAUCACUCGUCGCGUCGAUCAAUGGCCAGCCCGACCAGGAGCCAAGCACCUCUCGAGGCUACGGGCAGCGCAUGGAACAGCGGUGGAUAGGCCUGUUGAAUGAGCUCCUUUACUCGGCGAGUGGGGCAUCCAAGUCACCAGUCCACAAGAAACCCGAGACCGAGGGCGAAGAGGCCCAGCAGCCCCUCGAGCCUGUUACAGAAAAGCCCCUGUCACGGGAUACUAUCAUUCACAUACAAGAUUAUCGUGAGAUUCAAAGCUCUAGAGAAGGCUCUCGGGUGAUUACUCUUCUCCAGAAGGUUAUCCAAGAACGCAGACGAGCAGGAUCCAGGGUUCUACUGAUUGGCAGCACAUCCCAAGAACUUCAGCACACAAACUCCCGAGACGGUCCAAAGAUUUUGCAAAAUGUCUUUGACGAUCAGUUCUCAAAAACUUUGGUGAUCAUUCCAUCCAUGGAUAACAAAACAGUGGAGAAAACCUUCUCCGAAGACCAUCAAAAGCGAACAAUGGAAAUCAACACCCGCCACCUCCAAACAAUGCUGCGUUACAGGUUGAGCGAGACAUCCUCAGCCGUGAAGGAUGAUAUUUUUGGCUCUCGCGAUUGGCCACUUGACCCAUCGACCGUCAAGCAAUCCGGUAUGAGAGAGCGUUUCUGGUCCUACAACCAGGUCCACUGGUUGUCAACCCUCGCACUUGGAAGCGCAGAGCCGGACGAGCCCUUCGGUUUCGGACAUAUCCGACGUGGAAUUGAACUCAUGGAUGGAGGCGAUCGAGUCACUAGCGAUUGGCUGCAGGAGAAAACUCCCAAGGCUUCAGAACCUAGUGGCCAAACCCGGGAGCAGCUCCUGAAAUCCUUGCGCCAGACUUGUACCACUCAUGAGAAGAAGCUUCUCAACGGAGUCGUCGAUGCAAAGAGCAUCAGGACUACCUUCAACGAUGUGCACGUCCUUCCCGAAACCGUGGAGGCCCUCAAGACUCUGACUUCAUUAUCUCUCAUUCGCCCAGAGGCUUUCACUUACGGUGUGUUGGCAACAGACAAAAUCCCAGGUUGUCUCCUUUACGGCCCACCAGGAACGGGAAAAACACUUCUCGCGAAGGCCGUCGCCCGCGAGAGCGGAGCGACUGUCCUCGAAGUGAGCGGAUCCGAAGUCUACGACAUGUACGUCGGCGAAGGCGAGAAGAACGUUAAGGCCAUCUUCACCCUGGCGAAGAAGCUCAGCCCCUGCGUAGUCUUCAUCGACGAAGCAGACGCCAUCUUCUGCUCGCGCACCGGAGCCAGCAGCCGCACAUCCCACCGCGAGCUGAUCAAUCAGUUCCUGCGCGAAUGGGACGGCAUGAACGACAUGUCAGCCUUCAUCAUGGUCGCCACAAACCGACCAUUUGACCUAGACGACGCCGUCCUCCGCCGUCUCCCCCGACGACUUCUCGUCGACCUCCCGACCGAAGAAGACCGUCACGCCAUUCUGAAAAUCCACCUCAAAGAGGAACAACUCGACUCCGCAGUCGACCUGGCAGACCUCGCCCACCGCACCCCGCUCUACUCCGGCUCUGAUCUGAAGAACCUCUCCGUCGCCGCUGCAUUGGCAUGCGUACGGGAAGAAAAUAAGGCCGCUGCCGAGCACAAGGGUGACGAAGCCUAUCAAUAUCCGGAACGCCGCACGCUCACGCCUGCGCACUUUGAACUCGGGAUGCAGGAGAUCAGCGCCUCGAUCAGCGAGGAUAUGUCCUCGUUAUCUGCCAUUCGCAAGUUCGACGAGCAAUACGGCGAUCGUAAAGCUCAGCGCAAGAAGAAUAGCGGGUGGGGAUUCAUUCCUGCGGGCAGUGAGGAGAGUCGGGAAGAGACUGCGCGUGUGCGUUCGGCGUGA